AUGUCUACAUCUGUGUCAAAUCCAUCAUCGUCGAUGAAAGACAUUAAUCCAGUAGAAGCUAUGACGUUCGCUAAAUUAUUUCUUAAAGAAAUCAACAAUCAAGAUAUAAAUGAACUUUUGACUGUACAACGCACUAUGCUAGAACAACUUGAUGAAAUGAAUGAGAAACUGGAUGAUAUCAAUAAAUUAUCAGCGAAGCGAGUACUGAAAACACGAUUAAACAAAAAAUAUCCCGAUGCCUUUUCUUCAGUUGCUGAAAUGAAUUUAACUCAACAAAAUUCAUAG